CUGGCAGAGAAGCCAGCCAGGCCCGGGGGGUUGCACAGAAGAGGACACUGCUGAGCCCUGUUCUGCGGUACACCAAGCUGGGGCACUGUCAUGGAAUAAGCCAGGGGGAAAGGCUGGUGGCCAGUGACCUGGGGAGUAAGAAGGGAGUGGCUGGAGUUAAGAUGCCAGGCCCUGGCCAACUGGUUUGGACUAAGGGGUGUACAAAACCAGGAAGUGGUAUGCAGCUCAGAUGCCCCUGCCCCUGCCCACGGCCUCAGCCCUCCUCCUUCCCAGACUGCAGCAGCAGCAGCUCUGAGGAGAGCUGCCCUCCCAGCCAGACCCACUUCCUAAGCUUGGCCCAGAGCACUGCUGAAAUUCAGGGCAGCCCCAUGUGGCCCAGCCCCCUCCAAGAGGAGGGACCCCGGGCAGCCCGAGGGGAAGGGCUGGAGCACAGCGGAGUAGGAGGCAGCAGGACCCAGGACCUCAACUGCUCUCCCCUGCUCUGAGGCCAUCUGGGUCAAUCAAGGAGGGAUAAGGAAAUGAGCAGCUAGACUGGGUGUCAGGCCAAAGGGAGGGCAAUUCUCUCCGCCCCCCCAAGGUAACGCUGCUCUGCCAAGAAAACGUGGAGUCACCCUGGCGUGCCUGAGCCCAGCCCUGGGCGGAGCCAACCCUUUACAGGCACGGGGCUGUUCCCCGUUAACACACCCUCUGCCUCUUUCUCCCUAUACCUGCAGGUUCUGCUAAUGAGGGCCUGUCACCAGGCCCCAGGGCUGAGUCACUCGCACCAGGGACAGGUCUCUCUUCCUUCCCCAACAAUUGUUCCACAUGCCUGCCUUUCAAUUAACUCCCACCCUCCCUGGGCUCCUCCCUCCCAGACACACUGGGGGCUGGGGAGUCUGGCCUGCCCAGGGUGGUGGGCCUGUGGGGAAAAAGGAGGCCGCGUGGUGACACAUAAAGCAGGCUGCCCCCACAUGAGUCCCCAGAGGAAUCUUAAGCUCCCCAGUGCCCUGGGGUGUUGGCCCGGGCUGCCCAAUCCCUGCCUGCGGAUGCUGCAAUUACCUCAGCACGAAACCCAGCUUCCCACCUGACUGACUCAGCUGCAAACAACAACACAGCUCCACUGCCACACACAGGCACAAACAGCCAAGCCACUCAUCAGAGUCCCCAGCCGCGGCAGACAGCACAGCCCUGUGCUGCUCCGGACAUGGGUGCAGGGGCCAGGGAGGGAAGGUGAGCAGGGCCAUGAGGAACCCAGUGCCGGCCAAGGAGCACAGGCUGCCCCCGCCAGCUGAGAAGAUCCAUCUCUGACUCCACGGGAGCAGCCCUCACUCUGGCUCCACCUCAUCUCACCAUCCAAGAUGCUGGCCAGAGGCCUAUGCUGAGCAGAAACCUGGAGGCCCCUGCUCCGGGCCCAGUAGGGCCAUCUCUCCAAUUCCUGACAGUCACUGCUCCAGCAGGGAACCAAAUGGUCCGCGGCUGCUCUUGACCAGGCUUCGGAGGUACCAGGCUUGUCUGCUGGCUCCCCGGGGUCCCAUGGAGACCUGGCGGAAAGGCUCCUUCCGCAACGCCUCCUUCUUCAAGCGGCUGAGCCUGGGGCGGCCAGGACGACUCCGGCGACAGGGCAGUGUGCUUAGCCAGGCCAGCACAGCUGGCGGGGACCAUGAGGAGUACAGCAACCGAGAGGUCAUCCGGGAGCUGCAAGGGAGGCCAGAUGGCCGGCGCCUGCCACUGUGGGGGGAUGAGCAGCCCCGGGCCACCCUGCUGGCCCCUCCGAAGCCCCCGCGCCUCUACCGAGAGAGCUCCAGCUGCCCCAACAUCCUGGAGCCGACACCUGCAUACACUGCUGCCUACUCGGCUACCCUGCCCUCAGCGCUCUCCCUGGCGGGCACCCUCCACCACUGCUCCGAGGAGGACCUUCUGGACACUCCCCCCUUCCAGGGGACACGGGCUCCAGACCUUAAUGAUCCCUUCUUCUCCUUCAAAGUGGACCUGGGGAUUUCUCUUCUUGAAGAAGUUCUACAGAUGCUGAGGGAACAGUUUCCCAAUGAGCCCAGCUUCUGAAUGCGGCGAGGGUAGGCAGAGAAGGGCUGACUGGAAGACCCAGAGCCUGGGGACCCAGGGAAGGAGGGUACAGUCAUGGAUUAAGGAAAAGGUAGGGAGACGAAUCCAGGGCCCUGCCUGCCCUCUGGGACCUGAAGAAUCCUCCAGGUCACCCCAGAGUGCAGGGCAGAGGGUCAGAGGCAAGCUGGAAACGCUGUGAGGGUGGCGCUUGCUGGCAGGAACCCUGAAGGCAGCUGGCUAAGCUGGGGAGGGAGGCCACGCCUAAACUGCGGGGACCAGGCAGAGGUCAGCAGAGGGGGAGGGUGGCACAAGUGCCAGUCAAGGGGUGGAAGACACAGAGACCUGGCAGAUCAGACAGGUGCCCUGUGCCAGCCCCCUCUGAAGCCACUGUCAACAGAGAGAGGUUACAGGACAGGUCUAGGCAAAAGUGGUCCACCCCAGGCAGAAUAGGAAAGGGGGGAGACUUGAGGGGAGGAGGAUGCGACAGGCUUGACCUUGUCUGAUACGGUAGCCACUGGCUCCAUGUAGCUGUUGUAGUUGGAAUUAAUAUAAGUAAAAUUAAAAAUUUAGUUCCUCAGUUGCACUAGCUGCAUUUCAACUGCUCAACAGCCACACAUGACUAACGGCUACCACGGCUACCACACUGGACAGUGCAGGGUGAACAUUAACAUCGAUGGAGAAGGUUCUAUCGGACAGCGCUGGCCUAGACCAUGGCCUGGAGCCACCAGUGGCAUGGUGGGGAAGGGGAAGCACAUGGGCCUGCGAGGGGAGGGAGGGGCUGGCAGAGUCGGAAGAGCAGAGCACGGAGACAUACAGAGCCUAACUCAUGAGAAAGGCCAGAAGAAUCUCAGCAGAAACGGGGGCGUGAGAGACUUGAGCUGCCAACACAGCCGCCCGGAGCUCUCCCCAGUGCCCGAGGAAGGUGGCUCGAGGGCAUGCCAACCGAAGGCACAGACACACCUUGCAAAGGGGUGCUAUGGGGAAUCCCCAGAAUCAUCACUGAUGGGAGCCCUUGGGAAAUGCACCAAAAAUAGUGGUAGAUUUCCCCCCUUCCCACCCCCAUGAGAAGUGGCUUAGGGGAUGGACCCAAACUCGUGGCUGUUACCGUGAAGAGGCGUAGCUGGUCUGCCUCUUCCACAGAAGAGCUGUGGCCCACAGCUGGUCCACCAGGACUGGAGAGCUCUGCCUGCCUGGACCGUCUGAGGAUGGGGGCCUGCCACCCAGGGCCGAGCCCCCUGGGUCAAGGCCAUAGGCCACACUACUGCCCCACUCUGUGGCCUGACCAGAAGACUUGAAACCAGAGCCCAAGUUGGCUGGGCCAUUUGGUUCUGACAUGCCAGGCCUUUCCAAGCGUGGCAGAGGGGGAGAGGGGAGCUUCAAUGCACACGCUUCCACAACCCAGACCUUGUGGCCCCCUCUUCCCUCCUCUUGUGUGGAUGUGCCGAGCUGAAAGCCUCCCCUCUGGAUGCAGGAGAUAAUGAAUAAAGUUCUUUCUAACACAGCC